AUGCUAUUCAUCUACAACGACACGUCCGGCUCGUGCAGCCCAGGCCGUGCCUCGGCCGGCGGCCUCAACUACUUUCUCUUCCUCUCGGCCGCUCUCCGCGCAGCAGGGCUCGUGACGACUGACCCACAGCGGGCCACCGUCUUCUACCACCCGGCGUGCCUCAUCAACGUCUACUUCGAGACGAGGCUUCCGAACUGGAAGAGCUCCGGCGCCGUCGCCGCGCAGGCGACGGCUGUGCAGCGCCGCGUCCUCGCGGAGAUUGCAACCUAUCAACACAGGCCGCACCUGCUCAACGGACUGCGCUGCGCGCUGCAGAGUGGGCAGGACGGCCUCACGUCGCACAUGCGCAAGACCUUCCCUCUCCUGUGGGGCUCGCGGCGGUUCGCCCACUUUUGCGCCGAGGCGCUCGGGCCCGUCGACCACUCCCGCGCCGUCCACCUCUGGUACUGCCAGCCGGAGCAGCAAGAAGCGGCGUCCUCACAUCGGCCUGUCAGGGUCCUGUUUGUGGGGGCCACCUUCGAGCGAGCCUUUGGCGAGAAGAAGGAGCACCCGCGCGCACGGGCGAUCCGCGCGUUGCGCCGCACCGCAGGGCCGGCAGACCAUCUCCGACGCGGAGCUGCAGGCGCUGUACUCGCGCGCAGAGUUCGCGCUCUGUCCGGUGGGCGACACGCCCGAGUCAAAGCGCGUCUACGACGCGCUUCGCGCCGGCAGCGUCCCGCUGCUCAACUCCAAGUUUGUGCCGCCGCCGCUCGGCUCGUGGAGGUCCUUCUCCGCUCGGAUCGAGUACAACCGCUCCUCUGGAGGCGUGCUGCUCUGGAGGACAGAUCCCCGCCUGCUGCUGCCGCGCGCCUCCCGGCUGGCCGCCCUGCAGCGCGGCGUGCGCCAGAUGCGCGACGCGUUCACCUGCGACGCGACACGGAACGAGCGCUUCCGCGAGUACCUGCGGCGGUCGCUGGCCCGUGUCAGGGACGCGGCCGCCGGGCGAGCGGCGAGAUCGCCCGCGGUGCAGCGUGGGCCUGCUGCAACAGCGGCGCGGAGAGGGGGGCGCCACACGGCUGUGGCGUGA